AGGGGCCGCAGUGGCCGCCGCGGAGUCAGGCUGACUCGAGAGAGCGCCCGGGCGCAGAGGGGUUAACGGGCCGCCGGGGCCGCGCAGAGCAGGAGUCACCCCUCCCAACCCCCAGCUUUCUGGAGACCAGGGGUAAUCACCAGAGCACACGCCUACACGUCCAGAUGCUGGAGUAGUGUGUUUACUUCUGGUCCCCUCCUCCCUUGCCCGGAGCAGUCAAGGAGAAGCGAUGGAGAAGUUGGUGGACAGGCCCCGGUUGUGUCUGAUGCUGCUUCUGUCCCUCCCUCGGCUCUGCCUGGAUCAGGAGGUGUUGUCUGGACACGCUCUUCAGACACCCCCUGAGGAGGGACAGGGCCCUGAGGGCAUCUGGGGUCCUUGGGACCAGUGGGCCUCUUGCUCCCAGCCCUGUGGGGUGGGGGUGCAGCGCAGGACCCGGACAUGUCAGCUGCCUCGAGCUCAGCUCCCCCAGGGCCUACCCCUCCCACCCCGGCCCCCAAGACAUCCAGAAACCCUGCUUCCCCGGAGUCAGGGCCCCAGACCCCAGACUUCCCGAGAAGCCCUCCCCCUGUAUAGGCCACAGCCCCGGGGAAGAGGGGGCCCACUUCGAGGUUCUGCUUCCCCAUUAGGGAGAGAGGAGGCCCAGGAGAUUCAAGGAGCCAGGAGGUCCCGGGUUCGAGACCCCAUCAAGCCAGGAAUGUUUGGUUAUGGAAGAGUGCCCUUUGCUUUGCCACUCCAUCGGAACCGCAGGCACCCAGGGAGACCGCCCAGAUCUGAGCUGUCCCAGACCUCAGAGCUUCCAGCCCUGACUCCAGAAGCAGAGCCGUCCUCUGCAAAGCACACCCCUCAAAUUCAGUUCCUUCCUACCGAACUGUCUGCCCACACUCUGUCCUCCCCAGCAGAGGCCCCAGGCCCUGAAGCUGCUCAGACAGAAGUGCCCUCUAGAAUCAGGCCUACCCCCACAGGGCCCCACCCCGGAGCCCAAGCCUCUGGCAGAGAGCACCCCUUGCCCACCCCCUCCCCAGGAGAAAUUGGCUCCUUCCACCUGUCCCCUCAGCCAAGAAUGUCAAGUUCCCAAGUUUGGGCCAGUCCCCAGGUGGCAGAGAGACACCCUAAUCCUCUCCUUUCUGUGCCUCGAGGCCGAGGCCAGCAGAGCUGGGAGCCCUGGAGACCUGGGGGGAUUCUUCAGCGGUCCAUUGCGGAGUCUGCCCCUCACCACCCAGAUGGCUGGUUGCCUCUGCUGAGGCCUGGCCCACACUCCAGCUCCCAGUGGAGCCUGUUUGCUCCCAGUAGCCCCGUCCCAAGGUGUUCUGGGGAGAGAGAGCAGCUGAGAGCCUGCAGCCAAGCGCCCUGCCCCCCUGAGCAGCCAGACCCCCGGGCCCUGCAGUGUGCAGCCUUUGACCCCCAGGAGUUCAUGGGCCAGCUGUACCAGUGGGAGCCCUUCACAGAAGUUCAGGGCUCCCAACGCUGUGAACUGAACUGUCGUCCCCGUGGCUUCCGCUUCUAUGUCCGUCACACUGAAAAGGUCCAGGAUGGGACCCUGUGUCAGCCGGGAGCCCUAGACAUCUGUGUGGCUGGACGCUGUCUGAGCCCGGGUUGUGACGGGAUCCUCGGCUCUGGCAGGCGUCCAGAUGGCUGUGGAGUCUGUGGGGGUGAUGAUUCUACGUGUCGCCUCGUCUCGGGGAACCUCACCGACCGCGGGGGCCCUCUUGGCUAUCAGAAGUUGCUGUGGAUUCCUGCUGGAGCCUCCCGGCUCCAGAUUGCCCAGCUCCGGCCCAGCUCCAACUACCUGGCACUGCGAGGCCCUGGGGGUCGGUCCAUCAUCAAUGGAAACUGGGCCGUGGAUCCCCCUGGGUCCUACACGGCCAGCGGGACUGUCUUCCGGUACAACCGUCCUCCUCGAGAGGAGGGCACAGGGGAGAGUCUGUCAGCUGAGGGCCCCACCACCCAGCCUGUGGACGUCUAUAUGAUCUUUCAGGAGGAAAACCCAGGUGUUUUUUAUCAGUAUGUCAUCUCUUCCCCUCCUCCAAACCUGGAGAACCCAACCCCAGAGCCCCGUACCCCUCAACUCCAGCCUGAGAUUUUGAGGGUAGAGUCCGCGCCUGCUUCAGCGCCCCGCCCUGCCCGGACCCCGGGCACCCUCCAGCGUCAGGUGCGAAUCCCCCAGAUGCCCGCCCCACCCCACCCCAGGACACCCCUGGGGUCUCCAACUGGAUUCUGGAAGCGAGUGGGACACUCCGAGUGCUCGGCAUCCUGUGGAAAAGGUGUUUGGCACCCCAUCUUCCUCUGCAUUUCUCGUGAGUCAGGAGAGGAAAUGGAUGAUCACAGUUGUGCCGUGGGUGCCAGGCCCCCAGCCUCCCCGGAACCCUGCCAUGGCCCCCCAUGUCCCCCAUACUGGGAGACCGGUGAGUGGACGUCCUGCAGCCGCUCCUGUGGCCCCGGGACCAUGCAGCGCCAGCUCCGCUGCCGGCAGGAGUUUGGGGGCGGUGGCUCGUCAGUACCUCCGGAACGCUGUGCACACCUGCCCCGGCCCAACAUCACCCAGCCCUGCCAGCUGCGCCUCUGUGGCCAUUGGGAGGUUCGUUCCCCUUGGAGCCAGUGUUCUGUGCGGUGCGGGCGCGGACAGAGGACCCGGCACGUUCGCUGUGUGGGAAACGACGGAGAUGAAGUGAGCGAGCGGGAGUGUGUGUCAGGCCCCCCGCGGCCCCCCAGCAGAGAGGCCUGUGACAUGGGCCCCUGUACCACGGCCUGGUUCCACAGCGACUGGAGCUCCAAGUGCUCAGCUGAGUGUGGGACAGGAAUCCAGCGACGUUCUGUGGUCUGCCUCGGGAGUGGGGAGGCCCGUGGGGCCGGCCUGGGGGAAGCAGCAGUUGGAGCCAGUGAGCAGAGCUGUGCCCCAGGAAGCCGCCCCUCCGACAUGCGCGCCUGCAGCUUGGGGCCCUGUGAGAUGACAUGGUGCUGGUACACAGGGCCCUGGGCCGAGUGCUCCUCAGAUUGUGGCCCUGGCACACAGCGUAGAGACGUCAUCUGUGUGUCCAAACUGGGGACUGAGUUCAACGUGACUUCUCCUAGCAACUGUUCCCACCUGCCCAGGCCUCCUGCCCUGCAGCCCUGUCAGGGGCAGGAUUGCCAGGACCGAUGGUUUUCUACGCCCUGGAGUCCGUGUUCUCGCUCCUGCCAGGGUGGCGUGCAGACAAGGGAGGUCCAGUGCCUGACCGCCAACCAGACCCUCAGCGUCCGGUGCCCCCUUCACCUGCGGCCCUCCAGGAAACGACCCUGUAACAGCCAACCCUGCAGCCAGCGCCCCGAUGAUCAAUGCAAGGACAGCUCUCCACAUUGCCCCCUGGUGGUACAGGCCCGGCUUUGCGUCUAUCCCUACUACACAGCCACCUGUUGCCGCUCUUGCGCCCACGUCCUGGAGCGGUCCCCCGCGAAGCCCACCUGAAAUGGGUCCAGGAGACCCUGUCCUGUGGUUUCUCAUGCCACCAUAAGUCAUCCAUCAAUCUGCCCUCUCUGUACCCUCUGGCUCUCCAACCUGUCCUGGUCUCACCAGGGACGUCCCCCAGGAUGGUUGAAGGUGGCAAGAUGACUGACAGUGACUAUCAAGACGUGUGGGUGGGUCUGUGAUGGUGUGAUGGUGUGUGUGCACAUGCUCCCAAAUGUGUACCUGAGCCUGCAUGCAUGCGUGUGUGUGUAUGUCACGUGUCACAAAGAAGUUAAACAGACUGAGGAGGAAGGGGGAGGGGACAAUGCCUGUUUCUGAGACUUUUCUAGGCUGAGAGGAAAGCAAGUCUGCAGCGCCUUAGUAGUAAUCCGAGCUGCUUAGCGACUGGCCCCCAUCAAUCCCAACUUUGUGCCCAAAACCUCAUUUCUCAUGGUCAGGCCUCACAUGUUCGAAACCACCCUUUUGUCCUCAGGCCCCACCUCCCUUACAUAGUCUCUCUGUCCCUACCUCUCAUAAUUAAUUAUCUGGGGCUGGAAGUUGGCCACUGCCAGCCCUAUCUGACCCCAGGGAGAGAGACGACCUCCCCAGAAUAGGGACCAGCUGGGCAGAGGAUGGAAAGAGAAAGGUUAGAAUAAGGCAACCUAGCCCCUGCUCCCGCUCCCCACCUCCUGAAAUGGUUCCCACCCCAGAGCUAAUUUAUUUUUUAUUAAAGAUGAUUAUGACAAAAGAGAAACAGGCUCUUUAUUGUCCUCGUGAGAACCCGGCCCUAUGGACCGCCUAAGCAAGCAGUGUGUGGUCAGAAUGAAGGGCGCGAAGGACAGCACUCAGAGCCCGGGCCCAGAGAGUUUGGGCGGAGAAAGGCUAAUGAGUGAGCCCCAAUCACCUGACACGGAAGGGAGAGGAUCCUGGCCGCUGUAAACCCUGCAG